AUGUAAAACACUGAUUAGGAAUCUUCUAUUAAUAAUUCAAUUGCAAAAGAAUAAGAAUAACAAAAUUUUGUUAAAAAUAAAAAGAAUACAAAAAAGUCAUCUAGACGAAUCCACAAAAUACCAAUACGAACGUAAUAAUUAUUGUUCGUAUAAGUUUUCUAAGAAGGAAAAUCAAUCAAAUAAGUUGCUGAUGAUUUAAAACUAAACUAUUCUAGCGCUAAAUCCUUAAUACAUUACUAUAAAAACCAUAAAAGGCCUGCUCCUAAUUAAGUAGUUGAUGUAUUAAAUGGAAAGAAGCCAUGCCUUUAUAAAAACAUGCAAAAUAACUAGAAUGCUUAUAAUAAUCUAAAAAUAGAAGUUUGGCUAAAACAUUCAUUUAUUAAAGCCUAUAACUUCUAUGAGAGAUUAAGAAAGCAAGAGUAACGUUUUGCAAGUCAAUGCCUUUCAUGA